CAAGGUGAGAAUGAAUCAGCCGAAAACACAACAAAAUUGUGUUUGAAUUUGUUCGCCGCGAUCGGAGCUGAAGUUACAGAACAGGACAUAGACAUUUCACAUCGAGUCCUUGCGAGAAGGCAAUCAAAUCGGCCGAGUGCGAUAAUCUGUAAAUUCGUCCGUCGCUUGGCUAAGGAAAGGGUUCUUGCUCUCAGAAGGGAAACUAGCAACGUUCAACCACAACAACUUGGUUUCUCCUCAGAA